AUCCUCCUGCGAGAGAGCCGCAUAUCCCGCGCCUGCCCUUCUCUGGCCUCAUCCACUUGCUCUCCAGCGGGCGGCAGGGUAGCGGGGCAACCCGGCACGCCAGCAGAAAUUUGAGCCUGCCGGCUCGCCGUCGUCCGCGGGCGGCCAUCUUGUGUGCGGUUGUGGUACCACCAGCAGCAGCUGAUCGCCGGCUCCAGGCCUUUCUCCUCGGCUGGGUUGCUGCCGCGGUUGUGUGGAAGCCAUGUCUGCGGAGAGCCCGGAGCCCGCUUCGGCGGAGGAGCAGAAGGAAAUGGAAGACAAGGUGAUUAGUCCUGAGAAAGCUGAAGAAGCAAAGUUGAAGGCCAGAUAUCCUCAUCUGGGACAAAAGCCUGGGGGCUCAGAUUUCUUGAGAAAGCGGCUCCAGAAAGGACAAAAGUAUUUUGAUUCUGGGGAUUACAAUAUGGCUAAAGCAAAGAUGAAGAAUAAGCAGCUCCCAACUGCAGCUCCUGAUAAGACCGAAGUUACAGGUGACCACAUUCCCACUCCACAGGACCUUCCACAGCGGAAACCAUCUCUUGUUGCCAGCAAGCUGGCUGGCUGACUAGAUGGCAGAACUGCAUGAAUCUUCUCAUUCCCUUAAUAUUUCCUUAAUAGUUACUUCUCACAUUUUUUGUUUCCACUAAGUCAUUGACUGACCGCUUUGCAGGUAGUGGUAGCUUGUGCUGCUAUUGUAAGGGAGUCCUGUUAAGAAUUCAGUUGUGUAGUCCAUGGAAGAAUUGAGAACAAUGCACUGAUUUUAAAAAAGGACACGUUUGUUAGAGCAAUGUAAAGUAAUCUACUUGAAAAAAUGUACAUAUUACCUAUUUGCUAGUGUAGGGCUGGUUCCAGCAAGUGACAUAGCAGGUUUGACCAUUUUUUUUUUGUUUCUGCUUUCUUUAGUUCACCUUAGUUACAGCAUAGUAUGUUUCUAUUGAAUACAACCACCUGUUGUGUUUCUUGUGUUUGGUUUUGUAAACUAGAGGUUUUAGACCGCAAGUUGCUAGAAGGUAAAGCAUGUAUUUAAAAAAAAAAAAAAAAGAUGGGGCUCUGACUUUAUUUGUGUAUCUGCUCUUGAACUUGAAUGGCCUUAAACCUACUUCAGCUUUAACAAUAGAUUUUUUACUUGGGCAAUAUUUGCUCAUUUUGGUGUAAUUCUUGUAAAACACGUGCUUAUCAACAACUGCCUGUUGAAGCUGGUAUUCCUUUUGGUCCUGUAGUGUAGAACACAUUUUGAAGUGAAUGAAGUGUGCAUGUGCAUAGACUGAAUUCACUUUUGUGCCAUUUCUGUAAAUAAGAUGGUUUUGCACAACUUUUGCAAAUAUCUGUUAACUUUACAUUUUAAAAAAAUGUGCCAACUGGAAGCACAAAUAAUUCUGUACCUUUAAAAGUCAUAAUCCUCAUUUGAGUCAAACUACGUUACUGAAAAUAACAGACUUCUGUGUUUAAAAUCUGAAAAUCACUUAAAGAACUAUGAUAGAAAGGCUUUGCUAGUAUAUCCUUUCUCUGUGUCAACGAUAACAUACAGUGAUUAGUCUAAAUAUAUACUAUAGAUACAAAACACUUUAGCUAGUAUACCUAAGGCAAAGUACUUCAAGGGGGCUAAAGUAGUUUAAAGGCAAGUAUAUCACAUUAAGCAACUUGUAGAUAAUAGGGUAUUCCAAAGCUACUACAACAUCUGCACCUUUUAAAAUCUAUGAAGGAUAUUUUGGAAUGUGAAAAUAUGGGUAUAUUUUGAUGCUAUUAGAGGUCUGUGACACAUAAAAGAACAUCUAAUUCAGUAGUUGUUAAGUAAUCCAUACAUUUGGAUUGGGAAGUGUUAUUUUUUUUUACAUAUAUUGUGAUUCAUGAUAAACAUUCUAAAUCUUUAUUUGUCAGAGUAUGUUAUUAAUACUACAGCAGGAGUGGUUCAGUGAGUUGACGUAUUUGUCUUGGAUAUUGGAUAGAAAUGACAGUUAAAACUAGUUAACAUCUACGGUGGUAUUUUUGUCUGUGCUAAAGGAAUUUCAUAUUCUUUUUGCCUGACACCUUCACUGUAAAAGAAACAAGACUGCUGGCUUCUUCCAAGAGGAUUUUUUUGUGGGGGAGGGGGACAGUUGUCAAAAGAGCUUACCUUUUUUGUUUUGCAAAGCUCCCCCCUUAAAAAGCAAAUUUGAGACAAUACAGCUAAUAAUAUAAUCAUGUUAGUUCUGACCUAUAAUACUAAUCAAGAGACCUGGUUUCAAAGGUACUGAUUACUACUAACUCCCAUUGUCUUAAUCUCUCAAUUUUUUUAAACAAAAUCUCAACAUUGUUUCUGUAUCAAAAUUGGGUAUAUUAAAAUAUUUGGGUGAUAGGUUUAGAUAUACUGGAGAUUAGGGCUGUUUUUUCAUUAUCUGUUCUGUCUUAAAUGAGGAAAAUACUUGCAAAGUCUCUAGCAUAUCAGUUUUUGUCUGUGGUUAGUAGUUCAGCAAGUAAUUCAGUAAUUCGUUGUAUCUAAUUUUGAUUUCAUCUCCCUGUAACAUGAAUAUAUUCACUGAAACAGACUUAAUAGCGAAGUUAAUACCUUGUUAUUAGUGAAGUGCAGUUGAGGAGAACAGCCCUCUGUUUAUUGCAAGAGGAACAAGGUAACAUUAAGUGGCUUUUUAUUGAAGGCUGCUAAUGUACAUUCACAAUUUAUUUUUGUAGAAACAAGUAAAAGCUAGGCUUUCUGAAAAGUGACUGGCCUAAAAGUAGUAGUUCUGAACAGCAAAUGACUUGGAAUAUUUCCUAGUUGCUACUACACCACAGAUCAUAGUUAGAUGAGCUGGUUUGACAUAUAGGGAGGUAUAAAUAGCCAUGUAAAUCUAAACAUUCCAUUUCCCCAGUUACAGUUUGCUAUUUUAUAUUAUUGUUGUGACUGUGCAAAUUUUCCGUGUCCACCAAUGAGUAAAAUGUUAAAGACUGUAAAGAGAACAUAAGCUGGUGAUCCAUAAGAAUAUAUAUACUACAGUACCAACCAGUUCAGUCUGAUGUUGGACCUAUGUCUCUGGAUAAACCUCAACUGAAGAUAGUUUGAUCAUCUAUGCUGUGAAGGAGACAAGGAGCUAGAUCAACAAUCAUUUUAUAAGAAGAGCAAGUGGAUUACUAACUUUCAACUUUAAGCUUACUCCAACAAGAUAAAGCUGUAAAACUUGUGUACAUACUGUAUAAUAUGAGUUUUACCAUUUGAUAUAAAUGACCUUUUUCAGAGAUCUAUCUGCACUAUAGUCUAGCAAUCAAUCAGCUUUAUGCAGUGAUUAGUAGUGCUCGAGUAUGUCUAUAAUGAAGACAGUAUGUUGUAACCCCCAAACUCUUCCCAGUAGUUAUCUAGUGGAGUAAUCAAGUGAUUCAGAAGUGUUCUUCCCCUCACUCCCAUCCCAUCCAUUCAUUAUUCAUUGUCAUAGGAGAGUGUGUGUGCAGAGGCCACAAAAGAACUGUUUGGUUUGAUAUAUUCCUUAAUGCAUUUUUGAUGCUGAAGUGGUGAAAAUUUCAGUUGCUCCUUACCAACAUCCACCUUGUAUAGUAUGCAUAAUAAAUUCAUCUAAUUAGUUUUCAUCGCUCUGUA